AUGUCAGCCUAUGCCGGAUACACAAAGACGUCCUUUGGCGCGCAGGGUGGCGACGACUCGGGCGGCUUCUUCGCCGGCGGUUCCCAGCAGGGCAGCCAGGGCGGUGGCGGAGGAAAGUCCUACCAAGACGAGUCGCUGCGGCCCGUCACGAUAAAACAGGUCCUCGAGGCCGAAGAGGCCUUUUCCGGCGCAGACUUCAAAAUCGACGGCUCCCCCGUCACGCAAAUCACCUUUGUCGGCCAGGUCCGCAGCGUAAACCCCCAGUCGACAAACAUCACCUUCAAAAUAGACGAUGGCACCGGCCAGAUCGAGGUCAAGAAGUGGAUCGACGCCGACAAGCACGACGAGGCCGACCCGGGCUUCGACGUCGACUCGCACGUCCGCGUCUGGGGCCGCCUCAAGUCCUUCUCCAACAAGCGCCACGUCGGCGCCCAUGUCAUCCGGCCCGUCACCGACUACAACGAAGUCAACUACCACCUGCUCGAGGCCACCUACGUCCACCUCUUUUUCACCCGUGGGGCCCCCGCCGGCGCCGCCAACGCUGACGGCAUGUUCGUCGAUGGCGGCGCCGCCCACGGCCACGACGCGGCCGCCCAGAUGCCCAGCAAGCUGUCCGGCUGCUCCGCCGCCGCCAAAAAGAUGUUCAACUUUAUGAACGACACCCCCGGUGGCAACGAGGGCAUCCACCUCAAUGUCAUCACCAGCUCCGUCGGCAUGACGGUGCGCGAUGCCCUGACGGCGGCCGACGAGCUGCUGGGGCAGGGCCUGAUAUACACGACUGUCGACGACGAGACUUGGGCCAUUCUCGAGUACUGA